AUUCAGUGGUCACUAUAACGUGCAAGUCUUCUGCUACUGAAGCACCAAUGCUGGCUUUCCACAGUUAGAGUGACAGCACUGACAGCACUGGCAGCCAAUGAGAGAAAGGCAUGCAAAUUGACACGAUCCCCAGCUCAAAGCUGGCCAGAGUUGUGCUGCACCGGGAGGGAGAUACAGGGAGGGAAGAAGGCGGGCUGGAGAGUUUUGCAAUCAGGAGGCGGUGUUUAUGUCAGUAAGGAAGUGGGGAGCUGCCAUACAGGGUUGCGAUGUCCUGUCACUCGGGGAUUAACCCUGUGUAAUAAUAGUCCGCUGCCACUUUUUUGUGCCCCAGUAGUGCCCAGCUGCUCCUGGUGACCCGCACCACUCUACCCUCCUCCAUGCCUGCUGCACCCCGUUCUGAGCCAUGGCCAUGCCUAGUAAGAGCGCUGAGUGGCUGCAGGAGGAACUGGAGUCCGGCCGCGAGAGCUCUGUGCUCAUACUGGACUGCCGCCCCCACGAUCGUUACCAGUCGUCGCACAUUGAGGCGGCCAUCAGUCUCACCAUCCCUGGCCUGAUGCUGCGCCGCCUGCGCAAGGGAAACCUCUCCAUCCGCUCCAUUAUACCCAACGACCUGGACAAGGAGCGAUUCGCUAGGCGCUGUAAUGCGGACACGGUGCUGCUGUAUGACGAGGCCACGCACGACUGGCAGGAGAACGGCUCCUCCGUACUGGCGCUGCUGCUGCACAAACUCAGGGAGGAAGGCUGCAGAGCUUACUAUCUCAAAGGUGGUUAUACUAGAUUUCAGAGGGAAUAUCCAGAACGUUGCGAGACUGGCUUGGAUAAUGUUUGCCCCAAUGAACCUUCGCCUGAAAAGGUCCUUGGAUUAGGCAGUUUACAGAUAAAUUCAGAAUGUUCUGAUGGAGAAUCUGACAGAGAACCAAGCAGUGCAACUGAGUCGGAAGGAAGUCCAACCCUCACCAGUCAAUCAACAUUCCCUGUGCAAAUCCUUCCUCAUUUAUACCUUGGCUGUGCGAAGGAUUCCGCCAAUCUUGAUAUUCUGGCCAAAUAUAACAUCAAGUACAUCCUCAACGUGACUCCUAACUUGCCAAACAUGUUUGAACACAAUGGAGAAUUCAAAUACAAGCAGAUCCCCAUCUCAGAUCACUGGAGUCAAAAUCUUUCACAAUUUUUUCCUGAGGCCAUUUCCUUUAUCGAUGAGGCUCGCUCAAAGAAAUGCGGGAUCCUGGUUCACUGCCUCGCUGGAAUCAGCAGGUCCGUCACAGUUACAGUCGCUUACCUCAUGCAGAAACUCAACUUGUCACUUAACGACGCCUACGAUUUUGUGAAAAGGAAAAAGUCAAACAUAUCUCCAAACUUCAACUUCAUGGGACAGCUGCUUGAUUUCGAAAGGACUCUGGGGCUGAAAAGUCCUUGCGAAAUCCGGUCCCCAACGACUCAGCUGUACUUCACCACUCCAACCAAUCGCAAUCUCUUUCAACUCAAUGGUUUGGAAUUUACAUGAUCAGAAUUAUUUUGUAACUAGCCAAAGUUUUAAUGGAAUGAGGUAAACCCAUUGGUGGGUUGGAAAGGUAAAUGCCAAGACCGUGUUUAUUUUGUGCCAAUGAAUAUGUAUUAACAUGUACAUAAACGGUUCA